UGCAACUCCAAGGUCUUCGCAUAAAUCAACAAUUUCUGCUACUUCUCAGGAUGGGACAGGGUUGGAUGAUCCUGGCUCUGAGGUUGAAGGAAGUUCUAAAUGUUCGGGGCAAGCUUGGGGAGAUUCUUUUCGACGGAUCAGCUCGAUCUCUCGUUAUGCUUUUGGCCCAACCUGUUCCACCUCCUGGCUACAUCCAGUCUACCGCGAUGCACUCAAAUACAGAGAAUCUGGAAUGUGGAUAUCUAUCCAUCAACACGGUACGUGAACGAGAACACAACUCGGAUAAGCAAUUCAUCGGACAAAAAAAGGGCAGGAUGCAAGACGAUAGACGUCUUAACAAUCGAGAUGCAUUUUCAGGUCUACCCGCAGAAUUACUCGACCUAGUCUUUAAUGACCUAAGCAUUGAAGAUGUCCUGACUCUCAGUCUCGUCAGCCGAUACUUCUGGGGUGUUGGUGAGAAACAUAUCCAAACAUACAUUCUAUCCCCCCUAGCACCUUGGGCAGGCGAGGCUAUCGUCUGUGUGGGAGACGACAUUGAGCAGGGAGAUUAUCCACCAGGAAUGCUUACCGCAAAGGAAGAGAAUGAUCUUCAUGAAUACUUGCGCAACAAGAACCUGCCGACGAACCUUUCCUCAUUUGUAGACCUGUGCGCCUGGAUUCGGGGCGAUGUCUCACCCUCGACCGCAUUAUUAGGGCAGCUUCGAGAGAGCGAACAAUAUCAUUCAAUGUCGGAUUCGGAUCGUUCCCAGCUACGUAACGCGGUUUGGCCUGACCUCUCCCAGUUGUACCCAUAUGAUCAACCCUGGAUUCUUCGAAAUUUGACGAUAAAGGCGUACGUUCGCUCCGAAGCGAUUGCUUUGGAGCCGGCGCAUAUCCAUGGACCCAAUAUAGACUUUAUAGGCUUCGGAGAAGUCAUACUCUCUCGAACAUGUUGGUCAACGGACUCCUCUAUCAGUAUGGCAUAUGAGGGGAACAUUCACAGGGGGAUUUGGGCGGGACACUGCUUUGACAUUACAACAUUGGGAAGACACAGACAAGAUGCCAUUUGCGAUGAAUGGGAAGACGUCAGCGAGGAAGUCGCCAAGGAAAUUGCGGGCAUUUGGGAAAGCGAAUAUGGUAGUAAUUGGCGUGACACCAUCAGUCAACGGAAACACCCUCGUUACUAUUACUAA